CCACCUGCCGAUGCAGGGGAUGCGGGUUUGUGUCCCGGUCCGGGAGGGUCCCACAUGCUGCAGAGCAGCUGGGCCCAUGAGCCGUGGCCGCUGAGCCUGUGUGUCCGGAGCCGGUGCUCCGCAAUGGGAGAGGCCGCAACAGUGAGAGAGGCCUGCGUACCGCAAAAAAAAAAAAAAAAAAAAAAAAAAAUGCCAGCUAGGGUUUUGAUAGGGAUUGUGUUGAAUUUGUUGAUCAAUUUGGGGAGUUCUUAUCAUGUAACAAUAGUAAGCCUUCCAGUUCAUGAACGCAGGAUGUAUUUCUGUUUAUUUAUGUUUUGUCAAACGUAUUCCUGUUAAGUCUUUUCUUCCUAUUACUGUUGUAAAUGGAAUUAUUUUCUUAAUUAUUUCCUUUUAGAAUUGUUUAGUGCCAUUGUAUAGAAGUAAAAUUGAUUUUUGUAUAUUGAUAUGGCAUCCUGUAACCUUGCUGAACUUACUAGUUCUAAAAUUUUGUGUGUGUGGAUUCCUAACAAAUUUGUAUAUACAACAUUAUGUUAUCUGUAAAAAGAGUUUUACUUCUACUUUUUCAAUCCAAAUUACUUUUAUUUCUUUUUCCUGCCUAAUUGCACUGGCUAGAACCUCCAGUACAUGUUGAAUAGAAGUAAUGAGAGCAAGGACAAGAGUCCUUCUCUUGUUCUCAUAUUAUGGGGGAAACUUUCAAUGUUUCACCAUUAAGUGUGAUGUUAUCUGUAGAUUUUUCAUAGAUGCUCUUUCGUAGAUUGAGGUAGUUUCCUUCUAUUCCUAGUUUGUACAUUGUUUUUAUCAUGAAAAGGUAUCAAGUGCUUUUCUACAUCUAUGGAGAUUAUUAUGUGGAUUUUGUUCUUUAUUAAUACGUUACAUUACAUUGCCUGAUUGGUUUUCAUAUGUUGAACUAACCUUGUAUUCUUGUGAUUCUUGGUCUUGAUGUAUAAUCCUUUUUUUUUUAAACAUCUUUUUUGUAGUAUAAUUGCUUUACAAUGGUGUGUUAGUUUCUGCUUUAUAACAAAGUGAAUCAGGUAUACAUAUACAUAUAUCCCCAUAUCUCCUCUCUCUUGCGUCUCCCUCCCACCCUCCCUAUUCCAUCCCUCUAGAUGGUCACAAAGCACCGAGCUUAUCUCCCUGUGCUAUGCAGCUGCUUCCCACUAGCUAUCUAUUUUACAUUUGGUAGUGUAUAUAAGUCCAUGCCACUCUCUCACUUCGUCCCAGCUUACCCUUCCCCCUCCCGGUGUCCUCAAGUCCAUUCUCUACAUCUGCGUCUUUAUUCCUGUCCUGCCCCUAGGUUCUUCAGAACCAUUUUUUUUUUUUUUUUUUAGAUUCCAUAUAUAUGUGUUAGCAUAUGGUAUUUGUUUUUCCCUUUCUGACUUCACUCUGUAUGACAGACUCUAGGUCCAUCCACCUCACUAGAAAUAACUCAAUUUCGUUUCUUUUUAUGGCUGAGUAAUAUUCCACUGUAUAUAUGUGCCACAUCUUCUUUAUCCAUUCAUCUGUCGAUGGACACUUAGGUUGUUUCCAUGUCCUGGCUAUUGUAAAUAGUGCUGCAAUGAACAUUGUGGUACAUGACUCUUUGAAUUAUGGUUUUCUCAGGGUAUACGCCCAGUAGUGGGAUUGCUGGGUCAUAUGGUAGUUCUGUUUUUAGUUUUUUAAGGAACCUCCAUACUGUUCUCCGUAGUGACUGUAUCAGUUUACAUUCCCAUCAACAGUGUAGGAGGGUUCCCUUUUCUCCACACCCUCUCCAGCAUUUAUUGUUUGUAGAUUUUUUGAUGAUGGCCAUUCUGACUGGUGUGAGGUGAUACCUCAUUGUAGUUUUGAUUUGCAUUUCUCUAGUGAUUAGUGAUGUUGAGCAUUCUUUCAUGUGUUUGUUGGCAAUCUGUAUAUCUUCUUUGGAGAACUGUCUAUUUAGGCCUUCUACCCAUUUUUGGUUUGAGUUGUUUUUUUGAUAUUGAGCCGCAUGAGCUACUUGUAUAUUUUGGAGGUUAAUCCUUUGUCAGUUGCUUCGUUUGCAGAUAUUUUCUCCCAUUCUGAGGGUUGUUUUCUCGUCUUGUUUAUGGUUUCCUUUGCUGCAGAAAAGCUUUUGAGUUUCAUUAGGUCCCAUUUGUUUAUUUUUGUUUUUAUUUCCAUUUCUCUAGGAGGUGGGUCGAAAGGAUCUUGCUGUGAUUUAUGUCAUAGAGUGUUCUGCCUAUGUUUUCCUCUAAGAGUUUUUAUAGAGUCUGGCCUUACAUUUAGGUCCUUCAUCCAUUUUGAGUUUAUUUUUGUGUAUGGUGUUAGGGAGUGUUCUAAUUUCGUUCUUUUACAUGUAGCUGUCCAGUUUUCCCAGCACCACUUAUUGAAGAGGCUAUCUUUUCUCGAUUGUAUGUUUUUGCCUCCUUUAUCAAAAAUAAGGUGACCAUUUGUGCGUGGGUUUAUCUCUGGGCUUUCUGUCCUGUUCCAUUGAUCUCUUUUUCUGUUUUUGUGCCAGUAUCAUACUGUCUUGGUUACUGAAGCUUUGUAGUACAGUUUGAAGUCCAGGAGCCUGAUUCCUCCAGCUCUGUUUUUCUUUCUCAAGAUUGCUUUGGCUGUUCAGGGUCUUUUAUGUUGCCAUACAGAUUGUGAAAUUUUUUGUUGUAGUUCUGUGAAAAAUGCCAUUGGUAGUUUGAUAGGGAUUGCAUUGAAUCUGUAGAUUGCUUUGGGUAGUAGAGUCAUUUUCACAGUGUUGAUUCUUCCAAUCCAAGAACAUGGUACAUCUUUCCAUCUGUGUAUCAUCUUUAAUUUCUUUCGUCAGUGUCUUACAGUUUUCUGCAUACAGUUCUUUUGUCUCCUUAGGUAGGUUUAUUCCUAGAUAUUUUUUUCUUUUUGUUGCAGUGGUAAAUGGGAGUGUUUCCUUAAUUUCUCUUUCAGAUUUUUCAUCAUUAGUGUAUAGGAAUGCCAGAGAUUUCUGUGCAUUAAUUUUGUAUCCUGCCACUUUACCGGAUUCAUUGAUUAGCUCUGGUAGUUUACUGAUAGCAUCUUUAGGAUUCUCUAUGUAUAGUAUGUCAUCUGCAGACAGUGACAGCUUUACUUCUUCUUUUCCAGUUUGGAUUCCUUUUAUUUUUUUCUUCUCUGAUUUCUGUGGCUAAAACUUCCAAAACUAUGUUGAGUAAUAGUGGUGAGAGUGGACAACCUUGUCUUGUUCCUGAUUUUAGAGGAAAUGCUUUCAGUUUUUCGCCACUGAGAACGAUGUUGGCUGUGGGUUUGUCAUAUAUGGCCUUUAUUAUGUUGAGGUAAGUUCCCUCUAUGCCUACUUUCUGCAGGGUUUUUAUCAUAAAUGGGUGUUGAAUUUUGUCAGAAGAUUUUUCUGCAUCUAUUGAGUUGAUCAUAUGGUUUUUAUUCUUCAAUUUGUUAAUACGGUGUAUCACAUUGAUUGAUUUUUGUAUAUUGAAUAAUCCUUGGAUUCCUGGGAUAAACCCCACUUGAUCAUGGUGUAUGAUCCUUUUAAUAUGCUGUUGGAUUCUGUUUGCUAGUGUUUUGUUGAGAAUUUUUGCAUCUAUGUUCAUCAGUGAUAUUGGCCUGUAGUUUUCUUUCUUUGUGACAUCUUUUUCUGGUUUUGGUGUCAGGGUGAUGGUGGCCUUGUAGAAUGAGUUUGGGAGUGUUCCUCCCUCUGCUAUGUUUUGGAAGAGUUUGAAAAGGAUAGGUGUUAGCUCUUCUCUAAAUGUUUGAUAGAAUUCACCUGUGAAGCCAUCUGGUCCUGGGCUUUUGUUUGUUGGAAAAUUUUUAAUCACAGUCUCAAUUUCAGUGCUUGUGAUUGGCCUGUUUAUAUUUUCUAUUUCUUCAUGGUUGUCUUGGAAGGUUGUGCUUUUCUAAGAAUUUGUCCAUUUCUUCCAGGUUGUCCAUUUUAUUUCCCUUUCUCUUCUUUGUUCACACUGCUCCCGGGGUUCAGCUUUGGAUUUGGACCCGCCGCUGCGUGUUGGUCGCCUGAGGGCGUCUGUUCUUCACUCAGACAGGACAGGGUUAAAGUAGCAGCUGAUUAGGGGGCUCUGGCUCACUCAGGCUGGGGGGAGGGAGGGGUAUGGAAUGCUGGGUGAGCCUGCGUUGUCGGCAGAGGCCAGCGUGAUGUUGCAACAGCCUGAGGUGUGCCCUGUGUUCUCCUGGGAAAUUGUCCCUGGAUCACGGGACCUUGGCAGUGGUGGGCUGCACAGGCUCCAGAGAUCCUUCUAAUAAAGGUCUACUGGUCGUAAACCUUUGGGAUUAUUUUUCCAGUUUCUUAUUCUUUUUUUUUAACCUUGAUCUUCAAAGAGAUUUUUUUUCUGGGUACACAAGUCUAAGCUGACAAUUAUUUUCUUAGCACUGCUACCAUGAUAGUGUCUUGGCUUCUAUUUUUGCUAUAACCACCCAACAAAUCAUCUUUUCUUUGUAGGUAAACUUUACACGCUUUUUGUUUAGCAUCUCUCUCUCACUUUUCUCUCUGUGUUUUGUUUAUGCUUUUUUGCAGGUUGUCCUGGAUAUGUUUGGGUAUAGAUUUCUUUAUUAUUUUUUUCUUUUUAUUCAUUUAUUUAUUUAUUUUUUGGCUGUAUUGGGUCUUCAUUGCUGCAUGCGGGCUUUCUCUAGUUGCGGUGGGCGGGGGCCACUCUUCAUUGCGGUGCACGGGCUUCUCAUCAUGGUGGCUUCUCUUUUUGCAGAGCACAGGCUCUAGGUGCGUGGGCUUCAGUAGUUGUGGCACGUGGGCUUCAGUAGUUGUGGCUCAUGGGCUCUAGAGUGCAGGCUCAGUAGUUGUGGCACAUGGGCUUAGUUGCUCUGCGGCAUGUGGGAUCUUCCCAGACCAGGGCUCAUACCCAUGUCCCCUGCGGUAGCAGGCAGAUUCUUAACCACUGUGCUGCCAGGGAAGUCCCGGGUGUAGAUUUCUUUUCUUCAUUCUGCUUGGAGGUCCUAUCAUUUCUAAAACCGAGGACAAAUUUCUUUUAUCACUUGUGAUUUUUCAGCCAUUAUCUUUUCAGUGUAAUGCAGCUCCCAUUUUUUCUCUUGUCAAAAUUUACUGAGACAUAUUUUGGAUCCUCUCAUUCUAUCCUUCAUAUCUCUUAUCUUCUCUUUCAUAUCUUCCACCUCUUUGUCCCUUUGUGUUAUAGCCUGAUUACUUAAUUUAGAACUAUGUCCAAUUCACUGAUUCCCUCUUGAGCUAUUCUAAUCACUGUUUUACCUUUGUCUUGAGUUUCUAAUUUGUUAUUAUUUUUCCAUUUCCAGAAGUUAUUUGUUACUGUUUUGAAAUAUGCCUGUCAGCGUGCCCCUAAUUUUACAAAAAGAAUCAAUAAGCAAGAUAUCAAGAGAGAUUUGAGAGGAUUAUUUUAGGUAAGGUGGUCAGGAAAGCCUCCCAGAAGAAAUGAGUUUGAACAGAGAAUUGAAUAAUGAGAAGAAGUCCUCCACAUGAAGAUCUGAGGGCAGGGCAUUCCAGGCAGAAGAAAUAUCAAAAACAGAGAAAAAAAUAUCAGAAAUCAAAGAAGGCAGGAGCAAAUCAGGGGAUGGAGUGUUAGAUCUCUCUACAAAGAAAACCAGCAUAAAAUCUGAAGAGUCAUCCAUAUGUGAUCCUUCUUCUGAAAAUUCAAUGGCUGGUUCAACUGUUGAUGCAAAAUCAGAGGAAGCUACUAAAAUGGAAAAAGGAAAAUCAGCAUUAAGCAAAGUUUUGGAAUCUUUGUGCAUACAUCACCAGCAACAAGUUUUGGCUAUGUUGAAAUUUCUAGUCCAAGAGCAGAAUGCUGCUUCUCUUUGCUGUUGUAAUACAUCAUAUUCUGUGUCUUCAGAAUCUCAAAAUCCCCUUAUUGAAGAUGAUUUAGAUGGGCUCUCCUGUAGUUGUGAAUAUAGGCUGGCAGAAAGAGGGUAUUUACACAAUGAAAGACAAAGCCCUGGUUUUGUGCCUCUGCCAGUCUGUAUUAAAGAUAUACAUUGUUUAUCUUGCCAAACUGUAACUAUUGAACACAUUAAGACAGUAGUGAAUAGAGGAAUUGCAAACAGUUAUAAUUCUCACAGGUGUUGUUCUGGACUCUUACCAAACAUUCAUUCCACAAAAUCAGCCUUUCAGACUCCUCUUUCAUCAAGGGAAAUACGUGAUGUUUCAAUAAGUCUUAAAGACGUUUGUAGAUCUCGAAGUCCCUCACCCCCACCAUUAUCACCUGUACAGACUGAAGGAUUUGAAAAAUUGAAAGAUGUCAUCUCAGAGCUUUCAGCCUUAGAAAAUAACAGACUUGAAACAAACAUUAACCAGCCUCCAUCUCUGACACCAGCAGAAGUAAGCAGUGACAAAGAUGAUCAUGAAGGUAAAAUGCAUAAAACUAAAAAAUCCAGUAACUCUGAUUGUUUGCUCUUGGAAGACAGCAGUAAUUGUACUACAAAUCAAGAAAAAGGUGAAACUACUGUAAUUUUUCAAGAUUUAAUGGAUCGUAUCAAUGAAAAGUUAAAAUCAAUAGAAACGAUAGAUAUGACAAACCUUAUAAAAUUAUCUAGCAGUGAUUGUAAUAGAGAUAAUGAUUUAAAAUUGAGAGAUUUAAUAACCUCUCUCUUGCAUAAUGCAAAGGCCAGUGAUUACAGUUUUAUGGAAUUACUGAGUCAACAUGAUAAAAAGGUAGAAAAUAAAAUUAUUCAGACAAGAUUUCGAAAGCGUCAAGAAACCUUACUUGCAAUGCGCAACUCUCCUGAUUCACCCAUAUUUAGAAGGCAGUCUUUACAGAUAAAAAGAGAACUUGCUAGUCUUGAUGACAACUUUGUAAGAAAAAAAUACACUGAAAAAAAUCCAAGGAAAUUUGUGUGCCACGAUGAACUAUUUUCAGCGGACAAAGAAGAAUUCUAUCAUUGCCAAGGGCCGCCUUUACAAAAUUCUAAAAACCUUCAAGGUAAUAAUCAUGCAGAAACAUUUUCACCAGAUUAUGGAUUACAAUCAUUGCAACUACCUCUUAAUUUAGAAGCUAACUUGGCUUUUGAUGCAUUUCCAGAAAGCUUUAAAACAACUUCUGAGAAAAGGAGCAUAAGAAGAUCACAGGAGAAAUCUGUGGCUGGAAAAAAUUUUUUGCAAAAUCAUAAAGAGAAUCCAAAAUUAGAGAAUAUUCAAACUCCUUUGAAAAGUGAUGUCCCUGGACUUUUGAGCAGAACUAAACGAAAUAUUGUACCUCCAGGGUGGUAUUCUAUAUACGUAACAAAUAAUUAUAUUUUCAAAAAAUCACCUAAGGCCAAAAAAGUCUGUGACUCUACAAAAAAAAAAGAUCCAGUAAAAAAUAUUCAGAUUGAAAGCUCACACAAUAUAGAUUUAAACAAAAUUGCAAUGAAUUCUAAUUUACAAGUUGUUGUGGAACGUUUGGAAGAUACAAUAAAUAUGGCCAAAAAGUCUUGGAAUGAUCAGUCAUUAUCGGAAGGAUAUAAAGCAUCCAAGAAAUUGAUCGAAAUUGAUGAUAAAGAUCAACAUGCUGGUAGAAAUAUGACUCUUACUGUAAGUAGAAUGACAUGCAAAGAGCAGAGUUUAUCAAAACCCAUAGUGGCAUCCACCAAUAUUAAAAGCAAUCAUAUACCUACAAUAUAUUUGAAUAACAAAAGACUUGAUAACCAGAAAAAGUCAUCUGUUUUAAAUACAGGUAGCUUGAUUUCCAGUGUUGAAAAUGUACCAACAAAAUAUGAAGCCAUUGAAAGCUCUUCUUUUGCCAACUAUUCUAGUCCUAUCAAACUCAUGUUUUUAUCUGAGGUUAAAAGCAGUGAAGGAGUCAAAUAUACUUUAACUUCAGUUGGUAAUUCCGAAUCAAAUUGCUAUCUUCCUUCAGAAAAACGACCAACUCAUCAAGUAAAUGAAAAAAAAAAAGAAACAAAUGAGAAUAUCCCAAAUGCCAACUUUGAAAAUUAUAGUUCUAAUCUUAAUGAUGGUGACGGUCUCCAAAAAGAACUAAACAAAUUUAAUUGUGCAAAAGAAACUGCAGAAUCCUCUGCAGUGUUUACAGAUGAUCUGAAUAGUGAUAAGCCACAAGAGGAACCUAAGGAAUAUUCAAGCAGUGCUAUUGAUUCAUCUUUUAAAAGAAAACCAGGUAGACCUAAAAAAAUAGGUCCCCAGGUUGUGAAACAGAUUAAGCGACCAAUUGGAAGACCACCCAAACCUAAAACUGACCAAACGGACAUCACCAUUUGCCAAAAUGAGUCCUUUAGUGCUGAAAAGAAAAGCCCAGAAUCUCUCUUAUCAGAAGUAAAAGAAGGUAUAUAUAAGAAGAGUAUUAUAGUAACUGUUAUUUAUGGAAGGUCAAGAAGAACUAAAAGGCAUGUUUCUGAAGGAAGUGUAAACAUAAGCAAUGGUAUGUCUUUAAAUAAUAACGUUGCUGAUUUUCCAACAGAAUAUAAUAGUCUCAGAAAUAUUAGAGAAUGUGAAAUAGACUCGGGUGAAAGAAUAAGUGCUAUUUCAAGUCUGACUACUGAAACUGAGACCUUGGGGUCUGGCUUUGAAUAUGUUAGACCUAUCAAGAACAAGUCUGUGAUACCUCAACCUUCCAAGAACAUUAUUCGACCAAAUCAGAAGUCUUUGGCAAUAAUUAGGAAGCCUGGUAGACCUGCAAAAGUGAAAAUCUCUGGCAUAUCUGUGACUAUUAAUAGAAUUUCACCUCAGGAGAGAGAACAUGCUACAAGUGAAAACUGAUGAGAAAGUGAAUUUGUCUGAUGGGAAUACAGCAAGUUGCCCUUUGAGCCCCAUUAAGAUGUGCCUUAAUCGUCCCAUUGAAUGGAAUCUGAAUUUGACAGCAGCAUCUCUAGCGAGCUGUACAGUUCAUAAUCAAAAUCUCAAAAGUG